AUGAUAACUUUUAAAAACAAAAUACAAGUGAACUGUAAGAAAAAUCAGGCGUCUUGUCGAGAUUAUGAUUACUCUGAAAAAAGCGAUAAAAUGGUUCAGAAGAAAAGAGAAAAAAUAAUAGAUAUUUGCAAAAAGUUAAAUAGGUUCAAAAAUAAAGUAUGUAAUUCAACUGAUUAUUUCAAAUAUGCUGAAGUGUUAUUCAACAAAGCUGGUACCAAAUGUGUUUCCCGAAAAAGGAAAAAGAAACAUGUCAAAGAAGGGGAACAUGUUAAUUCUUCCGCAUCAAAAAGAGAUAUGUUUUUCAGAGACAAAAUAAAUUAUCUCGAAUUUUUUGAUGCACAAAAAUUUGACAUAUUUUUUGAAAAGUAUGCAUAUGAAGCAUUUGAUGAAGAUAAACAAAUUAGUGAAAAACAUUUUACAAAUGUGUUAGAAAGUGAAAAGGUAGAUUUUUCUAUAGAAAAAAAUGCUUCAUUAGGACAGCUUUUUCCCAGAGCAAUUCUUCCCAGUGAAGAAGGUACAAAUUCGUGUCCCCACAAGGGAAAAGAGGUUGUAGAGAAAGAGACUGAACAUGAUAGAAAAAGAAUCCUGCACACCACUCAAGACGGAAAUCAUUCUGGAUGCGUGAAUGUGAAGAGUGGGAAUUUACUUGACGGAGAGGUCUUUACAAAUUUGAGAAACACAUAUGUAGAAGAGCUGCCCUCUGACAACAAAAGAAAGAAUGACAAAAUAUGUGAUUCUUAUGUUCAUAAUUUCAUGAAUAAAAAGAUGAAGUUAGAAGAACAGGACAAUGGUAUAAACAAUAAAAUUGUACCAUCUUAUGAAUUUCAAAUUAAUGCUACACAACUGGUAUCAAGAAAAAACGACAAAUUGAAGAAAAACAAAAAGGAUAUUUCUGUACAGGAAAAAUGGAUGAUGAAGGGAAUUCAAACCAUAAUGAGCAUGUCAAAAGUUAGAACAUCCCUCAAUCCAAGUACAUAUCUCGAAAAAAAUAUCACAAUUGAUGAAAAAAACUUUUCUCGAAAAAAAAUUUUAAUAUUCAAAAUUUCCAACAUUAUGUUCGAUCAUUGUGAGUGUAAAAAAUGCUACAUAUGUGAAGAGGUGAAUAAAUCCAAUUAUUUAAAUCUACCUAGAAGACCAUGUAAUCAUUUAGGGAAAAGUAAAAUCAAGCACAACAAUAAUGAAGAUAAGGCUAAAUGCUUAUGGACAACCUCUAAUGAAGUGCUAUAUUCAAUAUUUCACAAAAACAUGUUUGCAGAUAACGAGGAAUUGGAAGAUAUAUCUCAGGUAAAUGCAGAUUCUAUUUUUUUAUACAAACUAUUUCUAAAUUUGUCUUUGCAUAUCAAUGCACUAUUUAGAAUUUGCACAGAAUUACUCAGGCAUAAUUUUUCAAAUUUGAGUUUUGAACACUGGAAAUUAUCAAAUGAUUCGAAAAUAAUUAUUCAACUUAUAAACAAGUAUCAAAAGGAGGAAAGAUAUGUCAUUCGAUUUUCCAAGUAUAUUUUGCAUGUCUUGAAAAGGUAUAUAACCAAAGGUGUAAAUUAUUCUGAAAAACAAAUCCACAAAAGCUGUAGACAUCCCCUCAAUGGGGUAGUAACAGAAUUUGAAUUGUUCACUCUGAAAAAGAUAAUGAAAACUUUUCAGAAAUGGGAACGAAUAGAUCUCAAUAUUUUAAUCUUGUGUAGUCAAUACACAAUUCCAAACGAAGAAAAUGUUUUUAAGAUUGAAAUAGUGAAUCAUCAACUUGUAAAACAUAAUUUCGCUUUGAGAAAAAUACAUUUUUGUAAAAUUAAUAAUGAUAUUAUAGCAAUUCUAAGAAAAUAUUUAGCAAUAUUUUGUGAUCCUAAUUUAGAUGUUAGACAUGAAAGAGGCAAUGGUACAUUCCUCUCAGACAUGGAAAUGGAUACAAGUCAAAUAAGGAAAAGCACGGAAAAUCCUAAUGAUGUGAAUAUAAGUGGUUAUAAUGUGUAUGAAAAUUGCUUUACAUCCCUUUUUCAGAAUUUAAAAAAUGUUGAAAGUGUGAAAGUGAAGGGUACGAUAGAACUAGGCAAUAGUACCGGGAAAGUAACUCAGAUUACCGAUAGAGCAAUAAAAUAUGGCUCUAAAGACAGACAUAAGAAUAAUGAUAUUGAUGGUUACACUGGGAUAUUCACUCACGAUUGGAGGAGAAAAAAGAAUUUCGAUUUUGAUGAAUUACAAAAUUUAAAUUCUUUAAGCCGGGAUAAUAAUCAUACAACGAACCAUAUGAACAUCAUAAUGUAUCUGAAUACAAUUCUAACAAGCGAAAUUAGCUAUAGCGAAAAUAUACGAGUUCAGACGAAGAAGGAGGUAGAACAAACUAAUAAUUUACUUGUAGAUGUAAAAAAAUUACAUGACUUUUUAAAAAGAAAUAUGAAGAAUGUUCAAAAUGUCGGAACUAUCGAUAGGGAACUAACAACCAAAAUGGAAGAAAUGAGGAAAAAUACAGAAAUUAUUUCUUAUCAUGAUGUUAAAGACAUGCAUCUAGAGGAACAAACAACUCUUGAUGAAAAUGAGAUUUAUCAAGAUAUUUACAAAAGAAAUACAGAAAUUUUUAAUUACAUAAAUGAUGCCCAUGUUCAGGGAAAACAUGCAUCUAACUACGAUAUAUUAGAGAAGAAAAAUUUUGUUGAUGAUCUUUUACUUUUCACGAAUUAUACGAAUGAAAAUAUAACUGGAGAGUCCUUCGAGGGGAAAGAAAUGUUUCAUCAUUUUUACAAAAAUAAUGAUAACAUAUGUAUGGUCAGGUGUAUUAUAAGGGAAAUUUCCCAACAUUUGGAUAAACUGUAUAUGAAUGCUUCUCAUCCGUGUAAUGAAUUUACAUCACAAACAGAUGCUGUAACGUGCAUGGAACAUUCGAAGGGGUCUUCUAAACAGAAUGAAGGAAUAAAUGAACUUGUAGAAGAAUUAGAAAAGCUGAAAAGGGAAGGCUCUCAGUAUGGAGAAUUUUUGGAGAGAGAAAAAAAACUCAGCACCAAAUUGAAUAUAGAAAUAGAAAGACAGAAAAAAAUUAUUAAUGAAAUGCAGAUACAGAUAGACAAUGAAAGGAAGCGAAGCGAAGAAUUAAAUUUGCAUUUCGAGAGGGAAAAACUAUUGAACGACGUGGCAUUUGCCGAAUUAGAGGGGGAAAAGGAACGAAGCAAUUCAUUAGAGAAAGAGUUAGAUGUGGAAAGGGAAAGAAGCAAUUCAUUAGAGAAAGAGUUAGAUGCGGAAAGGGAAAGGAGCGACUCAUUGGAGAAGAAGUUAGACGUAGAAAUGGAAAGAAACGAUUCCUUGGAGAAGGAGCUAAGUGUGGAAAGGGAAAGAAGCGAUUCAUUGGAGAAGGAGUUAGAUGUAGAAAUAGAAAGGAGCGACUCAUUGGAAAAAGAGUUAGAUGCAGAAAGGGAAAGGGGCGACUCAAUGGAAAAAGAAUUAGAUGCGGAAAGGGAAAGGAGCGACUCAUUGGAGAAGAAGUUAGACGUAGAAAUGGAAAGGAACGACUCAUUGGAAAAAGAAUUAGAUGCAGAAAGGGAAAGGGGCGACUCAUUGGAGAAGGAGCUAAGUGUGGAAAGGGAAAGAAGCGAUUCAUUGAGGAAAGAGUUAGAGGAGGAAAGACAUAUAAUAGCAUCUCUGAGGAAGGGGUCAGAAGAAGGAAAACAAAAUGAAGAGUUAGAAAAGGCGCUGGAGAAAGAAAAAGAAAGAAGCGAUGAAAUGAAGAAAGAAUUAGAGGAGGAAAAAGAAAGAAGCGAUGAAAUGAAGAAAGAAUUAGAGGAGGAAAAAGAAAGAAGCGAUGAAAUGAAGAAAGAACUAGAGGAGGAAAAAGAAAGAAGCUAUGAAAUGAAGAAAGAACUAGAGGAGGAAAAAGAAAGGAGCGAUGAAAUGAAGAAAAAACUAGAGGAGGAAAAAGAAAGGAGCGAUGAAAUGAAGAAAAAACUAGAGGAGGAAAAAGAAAGGAGCAAUGAAAUGAAGAAAGAAUUAGAGGAAGAAAAAGAAAUAAAUGCAAUGAACAAUUCUCAGUUAGAAAACCAAAGAAAACAGACAACACAACAAGGGAAAGAAUUAGAAGAAAUGAAAAAAAAAAUGUAUGAAGGAACUAAUAGAAAUGGCAACAUAGAAAUGAAGAAUGAAAAAGGAGGAAUUUUGUUAUGCAUGCUAAAUAAUUUAAACGAAGCAAUAGACAUAGUGGAAAAUGGAGAAAUAGAAAAAACGUUACUGCCAAAUAUAGAAAAUCAGAAGGAAAAAAUAAAUAUAAAGAAAAAAAAGGGGAAUAAAAAAAUCAGAGAUGAAAAUGAAGGACAAGAUGCAAAGAAAUAUGGAAAGCUAUAUGAUGAAUAUGUGGAAACGAUGGUGAAAAAUGAAACAUUAGAAAUAGAACACGAGCAGAUGAUGAUUCACAUCAAUGAAAAGAUCCAGAAAUUCAAUGAGAAAGUUAAAUAUUUUGACGACAAAAUAGAACAUUAUAAAGACAUGUGUGAUGCAUAUGAGAAAAAAAAUAUGCACAUAGGAAUAUGUAUCCAAAGAAUACAAGAACUAAUAAACGACAUCCAAUCCUCUGGUGACUUGAGUAAUGUGAAUUAUGUAGAAAAAGUAGCUAAUAUUAAACAACUGGCCAAAGAAAUAAAAGAAAAAUAUAUUUCUCAUACAGUUGGGACGAAUAAUCUAUUGUUGAAUGAAAUUGUAAUGGAAAAAAAUAUGCUAUUGACAAAACUCACAAUACUAGAAAAGGAAAAACAAAACCAUAUGAUGAAAGGAGAGAUUGCUAACAUUGAGAAUGGAACGGAUGAUGAAUUGUCGAAAUAUAUGGAUGAGAUGAAUUUCAAAUCGUACAACGAUCUUUUUGCAUUUCAUUUAAGUAUCCUAAACGAAUUAAGUUUAAUUAAAAAGUGGUACAGUCAAUUUGUUGAAGAGAACUUAAUGAAAUGUAGAGAGUAUGAAAAUGAAAUUGCAGGGUUAAAUAAAAUUUUGAAGGAUAAGGAGAGGGAAAUUGGAAUAUCAGACGAAAAUUGCAAAUCUUUGUUGCUAGAAGUUGAAAAUUUGAAGUAUAUUCUCAACGAUUUAUUCACAUGUGGUUGGAAUAAGUCUAAUAGAGGUGAGGGAGGGAAAGCCAUUGCCAAAAGGGACAAUGAACCGCAUCGAAUGGUGCAAGAAGGGCCAGCACUGGGAGUCAAAAAGGAAUCAGAGUUGAAGAUGAACAUAGAACCCGUGCCUGUUGUAGAUGUAGAACCCGUGCCUGUUGUAGAUGUAGAACCCGUGUCUGUAGUGGAUGUAGAACCCGUGUCUGUUGUAGAUGUAGAACCCGUGUCUGUGGUGGAUGUAGAACCCGUGUCUGUUGUAGAUGUAGAACCCGUGUCUGUGGUGGAUGUAGAACCCGUACCUAUAGUGGAUAUAGAACCCGUAUCUGUAUUGAACGUAGAACCAAUACCCCUAGUGAGCGUCCAACCCGCAUCUGUAGUGGACAUCGAACCCGUACUCGUAGUGAACGUUGAACCCACAUCUAUCGUGAUGAUAGAAAAGGGAUCACCACUGAUCGAUGUCGGGGGGGACUUUUCCGAAAUAGCUGCAAAGUCCAUUGACAGCAGUUGCUUACUAAGCAACCCAAUAUCAGUGAGUAGUGAAUCUUCAAAAAAUCUGAACAGCAAUGAUGCCAAAAUUUCAUCGAGAGGGAGAAAGAUAGCUGGUAGAAAGAGACAAAGUAGAGGUAAAGGCACAAGCAAAAGUAUAAGUGAAAAUAAAAUGAAUAAUAAUAUGAAUGAAAGUAAAAGCAGUAGAACUAGCAGUAGAAGAGGUAUUGCUAAAAGUAAUAACUUGGAAAAAUUUAGUGAUUUAAAUAUAAAUGAUUGUAAGGAUGAGGAUAGUAGAAGGAAAUACCAGCUCAGGAGCUCUACUAAGAGAAAAUAA